CACAGAUUUUUUGACCAGAGAAGAAAUACAAUACUUUCGAAGUGUAAUAAUAUUCUGGUUAAAGAUUAAAUGGUUAUUUUGACUAGCUCAGCUACCCAAUGGAAGUGAACUUCCUUCAUCGCUCCUGUGUGCGCGUGUCUGUAUUAGUGAGAUAUCGAACAUUUGCGUUAUUUCUCGGUACACUUGUCCGCGUAUUCCCCGCGAUGCGCAAGUUGAUUUGUUUACAUGUUAAUUACCCUCGCUAGGAAGUAAAAAUAUAUUCGAUUGUACACAAACGGAGAAUACCCUGUAUUGAUUUGUGGUGCAUCGUUUAAAUCGAGUUGUUUCAUAACUGCUGAGUACAGUUGGAAAGUGUGUCAACGGAAUAUUCAAUCGCUUUCAACCGCUAGAAUCCAGUGAUCGGUGGUGACCUUGGCGAUAAGUCAUUUGCUCGGCGCGAUCUCGUCAGACUUGCUGGGGACAACAAGUAUCUUCAUUCAUACAUAGAACGGACUCAUUGUGACUGCUGCCUGUCGAACCGCUUGGAAUUUGUCGCAACACAGCGCAAUGCUCGGGGACCGGAAGAUACUGCUGGUAACGGUGGGGACGGCCGUAGGGCUGCUCUGUUUGGCGCAAUUCGCGUACUCGUGUAACGAAAUGGUUUGCGCCAGUAUCGUGUCGAAGUGUAUGCUGACCCAAAGCUGUAAGUGCGAUAUGAAGAAUUGCUCCUGCUGCAAGGAGUGUUCCGAGUGUCUCAGUUAUCUCUACACCGAAUGCUGCAGCUGCUUGGAGAUGUGUCCGAAGCCGAACGAAACCACUAAUGAGCUGAGCCGACAGUCGCAUGUCGAGGAGCUGGAGGGAUUUCCCAAUCUCUUCAAUGUGCUUACCGCUGAGGAGGAUCCAGAGGAACGCUGGAAGAUCUUUACCUUUCCGAUCGACUUCGAUGCGGCGCUGUACGGACCGAAUGCGGAAAGUGGAAUGAAAUAUUUGAUACAUUCCAGCGACAACGAACUAAAGCCACGUUUCGAGGAUCCCUCAAAGAUCACAGUGAACUGCACCGUCGCGUAUUUUGCUCAAUGCAUGUCUUGGAAUAAGUGCAAGGAAAGCUGUCUCACCAUGGGCGCGUCUAGCUAUCGAUGGUUCCACGACGGUUGCUGCGAGUGCGUCGGUCAGACGUGCAUCAACUACGGCAUUAACGACUCGCGCUGCCGAGAGUGUCCGGAGAACCGCGACCAGGACCUGGAGGACAUCCCGAACGAGGACGAACUGGACUACGGGGAUGACGUUGGACCGCUGGAUAACGGGGGCUUCGAGUCGACCAAUAUUUGAACGUCGGUGUGGUUGCUGGUGAUAGUACCUGUGUUUUUGAAAGGAGCAAUUUAGGAGAGAGCGUGCGUGCGAAUAGCAAUAGAAGCAGCUGGUUUUACGGGACAACCUUCGAGAGAGAGUCUGAAUUGAAAUGUGCCUUAUUACGUAGAUGAUGAUGUACACUCAUUUAGAGUGAACGAAAAAUGAUACUUAUAAUUUUGGAACUGUACGGUAUUUUGCUAGGUAUUAGUAGUUGGAAACAGAAAGUAUUUCGCGUGUACUUGAGGGGGGAAACAAAUUUAUACAGAGUGUGGAUAAACAUUUUGAUAUUUCCAUUUUUCAUACGCCACUGACGGGACUGUACUAUGUGUUACACUAACAAACAAACUAGAAUCUUUGUACUCUGAACGGAAGCAAAAAUUCGGCUUGAUGAAGUCGGGGAGAAAAAUAACUUAUAUUUAAGCGUUUUGUGUACAAUAAAACCUAGCCUGGUAAGAGAA